AUGAAGAAUUUAGUUGUAUUCGUGUUGUACAUACUUGUAGUACAUUCAUAUAACGAAGAGUACCAAUUACAACAAAAUAAUGAAAACGCAAUUGGUAUGGGGGAGACGGGCAUUUCACGUGUUGAGAACACUGUGCAAGCACUUGAGACCAAACUUGCUGAACUUGAUGAAUUAGAACGAAAAGUGCUAAUAGCAAUUGACAUUGAUAUGAAUAAUGAUAAAAUGAAAUUAGGAGGUAAUAAGGCUGAUUCUGCUAUGAGUAUACAAAAGAUAAAAGAGGAAAAAGAGCAAUUAGAAAAAUUGAAGGACAUCCGUCCGCGUCUUAAACACAAGAUGCGUGAAGUGAUUAAAGUCCUUCCCAAACGAGAGCAAUACCGACUGAUACGCAGAAUGGAUUUACGGCAUCGAUUUAACUUAGGGACUGAGAUGGAUACUUCUUAA